GUUGCCCAUGUUUAUCGGUAGUCAGCUGUUGUAUUAUUGAUUUUUUCAGUGCUUUGUUUAUAAAUUCGCAAGCACCUCCUGGCGAUAUUAGGCGAUUAGGUCCACAGUAUACAUUAGGUCCAGGAGAAAACCCCCUUGCUUCUAAACGGAAUCGCCUUCGACAAUUCCAACAGAAGAUAUUUUAACAAGCAUGACCCCACAGGACGCGGAUUUGGCUUUCAAAACCAAGAAAACUUCAGAGAAAAUAUGCGAAAACAUACAUAUUGUCGCAAAUGAUCCAUCAUUAGCAUUCUUUCGGAUACAGGAACAUGUCCGUAAGGUGCUCCAGCCAAUAUCAGAUAAGAGAGCGGAAGUUAUACAGCUGCAAACAAAUUUACAAGGCCAUUGCUAUGACAUGGAAUAUGCUGUUGGUGCUGUGAAGAGCGUGGAACACUCUGAGGCCAUCUUCAAAAACAUUCAAGAAAUGAUAAAAACCUCUAUAUUUCUGAAACAGCAGCUGAAGUAUGGUGAGAUAAAGAACAAAUCAAAAAAAGAAUCAACUAGUAGUUCAGUUUAUAAACGAUUUUCCGCACAUUUGACGUUGGAUUUGCCAGAACUACCUGAUUUUAGUGGUGUUAUGCGUGAAACAAGCCAGCGUGUUGAGACUAUGAUGACUUCGACAAGGGACAGCCAUCCUACGCAAAGUACUACUGGUGAAUUGCAGAGAUCACAUACAACACUCCACUAGAAGGGGUCAAGGGCUGAAAAUUUUUUAUACCCGAGUAUGAGGGUAUUAUAAAAUAGUUGUUUGUUACAGGCUAAGAUAAUCGAUAUAGGUAUAGACAUAUAUGUAUGUAUGUAGGUAUACUCCGAAAUGCUCAGAGUGAAGAGAGUCGAUUAAGCCAAAUCUGUCUGUCCGUCCGCCAUGUACACGAUAAUAAUAUUAACAAUUGGCGCUUACACAAUAUGUUAUUGUUUGGCCCAGCUUCUCCGAUUUGUGGCGAGCGCCUUGAAGUUGUCACACAAAGGGGAGGGACCUACAGUUUUAGACGCAGAUAUGCCCAACGACUCGACUCAUCUCUUAGCAUGCCCACUAAUCCCCACUUAACUAAUGCCUCUGUCCCUAUGGACAAAUCCCAUAGACGCUGCUGGGAUUUUAGUUGACCUUUUCGUUUGUUUUUGAUGUUAGUCGGACACUGGGCUCGAUCUCAGGCACUGCGGAAUGUUAUACAAGGUAGGAUGUUAUGGAAAAUGGACGAAAUCGGCCAGUAAUGGUACCUCGAAAAAAUGCAAAAGCUACAAAAUUUACACAAAUACUGGAUCCAAAUUGUUAAAAAUUAAUAUGAGAAGGAAAAUUUUAGCAUAAGAUAAGACAAUUAUAAAAUUUUUGUAAAGUUAGCCCAUUUACGUAUGAUGAAAUUCUUAUCUCAGUAGCCAAUCCCUACCAAUCUCGGUACGAACAUUAAUUAGAUGAAUAUGACGUAAAUGAUGUGAUUGAUUCCAUUUAAAAUGUUUAUAACUUUCAUUGGAAAUAUGGGAAAAAUUGUUUGAAAAGCGCAGAUUUCUAAUCGUACGAUUUUUAAAAAAGGCCUCAUUAUAGGUUUUUGGAAAAUGGGCGUGGAUCCGUGCACUUAUGGCUACAUAAGUGAAUCUCGGUAUUAACUUCAUCGAUUUCUACCAAUAUGAUUCAAUCAUAUUAACGAAAAUAUUUGAAAUGGGUAAAUAAUCCCCUACUUAUAUGCAAAGGUAGUUUAGAGAAAGGUGAAAAAAUUAUGUUCAAUACGUGCGCCGGGUAUAUAAAGAUGGGUAUUUUGUUUGUAUUUGUCUAGGUUACUGCAAUUUAUAAUGAGGUUAGAUUACUACAGCUCAUAAUUGAAUACAUAGAUAUCAUGUGUAAUACAUAUGCUAAUUUAUUUAUCUAUAGAAUAAUUUAUACAAAAUACUAAAGAAUAAAAUGUGAUAUAUAAUGUGUCGUUUAUCUCAAAAUAGGUAUUUUUUGUUAAUUUUGGAACGAUCUACAGGUUUUCAUCAAAACUGACACUAUAUAAAUGGUUCUAAUGUUAAAAACGCAU